UCCAGGUCACCACAGGGAAUCGCACAAAGCACUAUGUGUCCUAUCGACGCAACGAGUUUGUCCAGAUGAGGUUUCCCAAGUAUGCCUUGCCAAAGGAUGUUCAGAUAGUUAGUACGGACGAGAGCCAGGUCUUCCUCGCCAUCCAGGAGUGGUACCAGUCAGACACAUAUAACCUGUACCAGUCUGACCCCCAGGGCGUCUACUACUCCAUCGUCCUGGAAAAUGUUCGCAGUACCAAGCAGCCAGAGGAAAAUGUCCUCAUCGACAUACUUGAGGUGCGUGGAAUCAAAGGAGUCUUCCUGGCCAAUCAGAAGGUAGAUGGCAAAAUGACAACUCUCAUUACCUAUAACAAAGGACAACACUGGGAACCCUUGAUGCCACCCGCCACAGACAUGAAUGGCAAGCCAAUAAGCUGCAAGGCACCGGACUGUCAUCUCCACCUCCACCUGCGCUGGGCGGACAACCCUUAUGUGUCUGGGACUGUCCAUACCAAAGACUCUGCUCCAGGUCUCAUUAUGGGUGCUGGUAACCUUGGCUCCAAACUAGUAGAGUAUAAGGAAGAGAUGUACAUCACCUCAGACUGUGGGAGGACGUGGAGACAGGUUUUCGAAGAAGAACAUCACAUCCUGUACCUGGACCACGGUGGGGUUAUUGUUGCCAUCAAAGAUACCUCUAUUCCACUCAAGAUACUUAAGUUUAGCAUUGAUGAAGGACGGACGUGGACCAUUCACAACUUCACCAGCACCUCUGUGUUUGUCGAUGGACUCCUGAGCGAGCCAGGAGAUGAGACCCUGGUUAUGACUGUGUUUGGUCACAUCAGCUACAGGUCAGACUGGGAGUUGGUCAAAGUGGACUUCAGGCAGUCUUUCCCCCGGCAGUGCACUGAGUCUGACUACGAGUCCUGGCAGCUUACAGGCCUGCAGGGAGCAAAGUGCAUUAUGGGCCAGGAGCGGAGUUUCAGGAAAAGGAAGGAAACAGCAUUCUGUAUCAAAGGAAAAACCUACACAUCAACUCUUACCACCAAACCCUGUCAGUGCACAGAGAAAGACUUCAACUGUGACUAUGGUUUUGAACGGUCCCACACGGAAGACAGUCGGUGCAUCGCUGACUUCUGGCACGAUCCAGAUUCACCACUGGAGGACUGCCAUCUAGGGCAAACCUAUGAGUCCAGCACUGGCUACAGGAAGGUGAUAUCUAACAUGUGUGAAGGGGGACUAAACAAGCACCAGAGCGCCAAACAACACAGCUGCCCCCUGCUGCCCCCUAAAGGAUUACAGGUGGGCAUCAAAGGGCAGAUGUUGGCUGUGGCGCCUGGUGAUGACAUCACAUUUGUUGUCCACCAGGAACAGGGCGACACCAGCAGCACCAAGUACCAGGUGGACCUUGGUGACGGCGUUCGGGCCAUCUACCAGAACCUGACAGUGACGGAUGAGCCCAUCCAGCAUCGCUACAAAAAUCCAGGCAUUUACAAGGUCACAGUGAAGGCCGAGAACAUGGCAGGGCACAACAAGGCCACCAUGUACAUCCAGGUCACAGCCCCUCUACAGGAAGUGCACUUGGAAGUGGUUCCAAUCACUGGGAGAAACUAUGAGGUCAAUCUAACAGCCAUAGUUCUUCCCACAGAGGCCAACUUGUCCGUCUUCUACUGGUGGAUAGGAGACAACCUGCAGCCUACGCUGACUCUGCAGAACAGCCUUCUGACUCGUUUCCCAGAGACAGGAGAGGUUUCAGUCACUGUCCAGGCUUCUAAUGGCCGAACUAUGGUGCAGGAUACCAGGACAGUUCAAGUCUACGAUAACUUUCAGGUUAUCCCUCUGAGUUUUAGCGCAAACCUGGACAGCUUCAACCCAAACAUCCCAGAGUGGAGACGGGACAUCGGCCAGGUUGUCACCAAAAUACUUGUUAAGAACACAGGUGUCCCUCUGGAAUCCCUUGUUACAGUGGUGAAGCCGGGACUCCCCACCAGAGCUGACCUGUACGUUCUCCCACUGGACAGCACAUCAGCCAAGAGGAGCAUGUUUAUAGAUAAGCGUAUUCCAGCCAUCAUACAAGCCUUCAACAGCAACAAUGUCAGCUUUGUGGUGCGAGGAGGUCUACAAGUGCUGGUGAUGCUAACUGACCCAAAUGCAGGUUACCAUGGAGCUGCUGGAGGUCUGGGUGUUUGGGCUCUAGCCAUCAUUUUCCUGAUCAGCAUCAUCACCACUGGCUCUUUCAUCCUCUACAAGUUCAAAAGGAAGCUCCCGGGCAACCGCAACGUUUACGCCCAGAUGCACAAUGAGAAGGAGCAGGAGAUGACCAGCCCCGUCAAUCACAGCGAGGACACCCAGCACAUCAUUCAGGGGGAGGAGUUCAUUGACGACGACCUGGACUCUCAGACUCUAGGUAACCAUUCAGGUGUGGUCCUGAGCAUCAACUCCAGAGAACUACACAGUUACCUGACCAGCUGAUGGCUGCCAUGACACCGCUAACAAGCUAGCCUAGUCUAGCUGGCUAACGAGCACAGGGACUCCACUCGGCCUUCCUCCUCUUACCUCUCCUUUUCCUUCUCCUCUUCCUUGGACACUUCACCUCCACAUAGUCUCACCUCAACCCUUCACCUGCAGCCUGUGCAACUUUUUGUUUUUGGUGGUGGGUUGGGGAAGGGGGUGGGGCGCAAUGAGGUUUUGAUGGCAUCACACUAAGAACACUCGCUCAUCUUUGUUUUGAAUGAAAAAAAAGGAAAAAAAAACAUAUGUGUACGUUGUCUCUCACUCGUAGACACUCAAAACCAGCAAGCAUGACUCACUGCACUGGUUUCCAGAUAGAGUUAAAUCUUCUACUACCAAGAGGCAGUAGUUACUGAAGGUAACUUCAGUAAAAGUUGGCCACUCUAAAACAAAAAGUUUUAGAGUGGCCAAAGGCAAGUGUGUUAAGAUGAUUUCCAAGUAUUAAAAGGAUCGUGCACCCAA